UCGAUCACCAAAUAAAUAUUUUACAGAUGAAAAUGGUCGAGCUCGAGCGUUUCGUUUUCAAAUAUGGGUCGACGUCGAAAUCAUGCUGCAUGGAUCGGAUCGGCGGUGGGUGACUGGUGGAUUGAUGCGUUAUCGAUCGGGCACAAUUUUCAUCAUCAUCGUGAUGCCAUAUAUAUUUUCUGGAUAUGUGUUUAUAUCAAUGCCAAUCGGAUUAGACUCCAACGCAAAUUAGUUGCAGUGUAAACCUAGCCAUUAUGAUCAACAUCAUGAAGACGUGUGCAUGCUUUAAUUUUGGCUAGAUAGAUAGAUAGAUAGAUAACUGUAUUGUAACUGCUGAUUGAUCAAACUGAUUAGUUCGUUAAUGGUGAAUGCAUUAUGCAUGGAAGUUAAAACCUAGGGAUCAACAUUGAGACGCACGUUCUGUUUUUGAUGGAUAUGAUCAACUUUGUGAUUGAAAUGUGUCAUCAAAUAUUAAAAUGGAAGGUUAAAUUCCAAACUAGCCGGAUAUAUAUCAUCAUGCCAUUGUUUCAUUUUAACUUGUAUAGUUGUAAUCCUAUAGAGGCGAGAUAUAUACUUCGUAAUAUAGUAAAUCGAUCAUGUCGAGUAUGCUAAGUAUUCCAAAUUACUAAUAAAAAUGUUAUGAGCAGUGGUCGACCUAGAAAUUCUACGCUUAGGCAUUUUUCAUAAAGUUUAAGAAAAUUAAAAUUAAGAAGGGAGGAACAGAUAAAGAAGAAGGGAGUCGACAGUGGCAGAAUCGAGGCAGUAUCUUGGCAACUUGUUUUGUUGUUUCUUUUAAUUUCGUGAAGGUGAGAUGGGGAAGAGUUUGAACAGAAUUUAGAUUAUGUUUCCUGGAUGGAAAAUUGGGUAAAUUGAUAUUUAAUUGGAUUUUGUUUUAAUGUAAAAGAAUGUAUUCAAUAUUUUGAGUUUGAGAUGCAUAAAACUACUAUCUGAUAGAUAACAAGUUUACUCGAAUAUUAAGAGUAUCUUCUUGAAUUUGCCCCUGAUUUCAUGCAUACAUUAACUAGCUGGUGUGGACGCCUCAUUGUAAACUUAUCAGUAUCCAACCUAAUUCAAACCCUACAAUCAACCAACACCAUAUUAUUUUCCUCCUCCCUAUGACAAUUAGUUAAAGAGUUUACAUAUGUUCCCUUUAUUGAGUUUAUUUUGAGUUAAUCGAUACAUCAGUAUGGACCAUUUGGUCGAAAAACUUUGACAUGAACAGACGAUACGAUUCAGUAAUCGAUGUGAUGAUUGAUCCUGGUUUUAGUUUCCACUUACAAGGUUCAACCUUGUACCUUCCUCUUUUUGUAUUAUCUUCCCCUUGAAGUUAAUGUACUAGCUUGAGUCAUGCAUCACAAUGAAUUAAUUAUCUUUUAAUUUCCUUCAAGAAUCAUGCUACUGUUCAAAAGAUAGGCUUAUUUUCCUUUACUACGUACCAAAAAGAAUUAAUAGUAGUGCUUAAUUUCUAUUACACAGUGAAAAAGUUGGAGUGUUAGGAAUGGUAAAGCCAUUAAUCAAUCUUAUCAGUAGGUAUAUUUGGGUUGGAUUACUCGAAAAUGACAGGAUCGAUAACCUGUUCUUGGAUUCUUCGAAAUCUUAUAAAAAAUGAUAGAGAGAUCUCUUUCUCUUGAUCACCCGCAUCAAAUUCGGCUUUGAUUGAAUGGGAUACGUGAUGUCGUUACCAUCCUCCAUUAAUUACUUUCUCAUCGUUAUUAUUAUUAAUUAAUUAAUUGAUAUUGUUGCUAUUAUAAAAUUCUUAUUAUAGUAUUAAUUACUUGGGUUUAUGUAGCUUAAUUAUUUCCUGCUAUUGUGAUAUAUCAGUGUGUCGGCAAACCAGGGUCCACCCACCUACGUAGGCCAGGGGGCGGGCAAAAAUUCCACAAAUUUUGUAUAGUUUAUAUAUAUUGCAAUAUAAUUGAGACUACGUACUAUAAUUAUAGAUUCCAGAGAAAUUUAAGUGGCUAAUUUCCCUUCCUUCCAGCAAGCUAGCCUACCAAUAAUACGCCUUAGGUUUGAUCUAGAUUAUCGUAUUGUUAUAUUCCCGAUGAAUUUUGAUUAGAUCAACGAUGUUCGAGAAAAAGGUCAAAAUUAGUGGGGGAUGUCUCGACCCAAUUAAUUUUCUAUCAAAUCGAUGUACUUAACUUUCGUAGUAAAAUUACAACGACCAGCUAGUGUUAGCUACCCUUCCGAAAAUUACGAACAUCUCGAUUUUUUUUAAAGCGUUUUAACUUUUAACUAAGCUAGGUGGCCAUACCUCAUCUACCUGCUGGUGAAAAACUGCUAAGGAAGGCAGUUGAACUGAUAUUCAGAUAUUAAUAUAGUUACCUCGAAAUGUGUUCUUUUUCUUCUUUAUGCAACUGUCUGUCUGGUCCCAUAUGGCAUAUGCCCACAUUUCAUGGAUUGACCAUACUGUUAGAGAAUCUCUAGUUAAAUAAGUACCCUGUUAAAUAGGGACCUGUUCAUAAGUAAGGAACUAAUCACAUAGUUUAAUGUAGUUGACAAUAAAAAUGCUCGGGUAGAUAAUAAUCGGAUGGAUGGCCAACCGUGGAAAUGUUUGCUGAUCCGGUGGAUGAGAGAAAGUUGUUCUGACGUUUUUUCGUCGUUUAAGAUCAUGCAAUAUUUGUUGGUGUCAAAAGUGACUCAUAAUUAGAAGAGUGAGUUUCGUAUCGAAGCAUUGGAAAGAAUAUGAAUACCUUUCUUAACAAAUUUAGUGCAAAGAGCUCAUGCGGCAGAAGUACAAGUACCUCUUUAUAGAAUGUUUGCUCCUUUAAUUUUUUCUAAGCGAGGCUAGGCUUUUCAAUAAUCCAAUUCAUCAAUGAUCAAACACCUUAUUUGCGCAUUUUACGGAACUAGGUUGAUCUGAGACGCAUUGCAUGCAUGCCCUUCUUGGGUUUAGGGUUAACUCCAUUACUACCGCCGACUCCUCUAAUGAUUCCGUACAGUAAACCUUUUUUUUAACCCACUAACCCCCAAUACUACUUAAGUUUGGAUUGACUCCUCCUCGUGUACUUUACUUUAAACAUUUUAAUAAUUAGUCGAGUACGUUACCAUUUUCAUAUAGCAUACUCGAAACUAUACCGAUAGUACAACCACACCAAUGCUCUCGUAAAGAUGUUAGCUUAUUCAAGUAGACAAAAUCAAAUUCAUCCCUAGAACAAGUCAUCCCCACCACCUCCAAAUAGGGAAAUGCGGUUGUAAGGAGGAUAGAUGCACACAAUGAAUUACAUAUACACCAAACUAACCUUAUACAAGUGGAACCAAACCAACAAUACUUUCCAUUGCGUUUCAGCUUUUGUCUUCAUCUCUAACUCCCCCCACUCAGAAAAUUUAACCAACUUAUCUAUCAGCUCACAAAGAGAAGAGGCCCCAUUUUCUAGCACCUCUCCACCCUUAUUUAUAGCAACCAUAUUUCCCUCUGAAAAUUUGAACACCCUUCCUUCACUUCCUUCUCUUAUCUUCUUCUUCUCACUUAUCAUCAACAACAAUGGCUGCUCUUUCUUCAGCUCUGCUCUUUCUACUUCUAGUUCUUCUCAAUGCUCCUUCUCCAACCGUUGAUGCCCAAAACCCACCAAACCCUGCCUACUACCCAAGCUACAGAGCACAAUCCGUUGAUUUCAACCAAAAGUACAGGAACCGUUGGGGUCCCCAGCACCAGAGACUUGACCAGAACGCAUUGACGAUUUGGCUUGAUCGUUCCUCAGGAAGUGGGUACAAGUCAGUUGAGUCGUACAGAUCGGGCUACUUCGGCGCUUCCAUCAAGCUUCACCCUGGCUACACCGCCGGAGUCAUUACUUCUUUCUAUUUGUCCAACAAUGAGGCGCAUCCAGGCCAGCACGACGAGAUCGACAUCGAGUUCUUGGGUACGACGCCGGGGAAGCCGUACACGUUGCAGACGAAUGUGUACAUUAGGGGAAGUGGGGAUAGGAACAUCAUAGGCAGAGAGAUGCAGUUCCAUCUCUGGUUCGACCCUACUCAGGAUUUCCACUACUACGCUAUCCUUUGGGACCCCAAUGAAAUCAUAUUUUACGUUGAUGAUGUGCCAAUCAGGAGGUAUCCAAGGAAAAGCGAUGCCACAUUCCCACAGAGGCCAAUGUGGGUCUAUGGCUCGAUCUGGGAUGCCUCGGAUUGGGCCACCGAGCACGGAAGGUAUCGAGCCGACUACAACUACCAACCUUUCGUCGGCAGGUACAAGGGGUUCAAGAUCGGAGGCUGCACGGCCGAUGCGGGUCCUGGUUGCCGCGCCACCAACGGUUCACCUAGAGGGUACGGGGGAUUGAGCCCGCAACAAGAGAAGGCCAUGGUGUGGGUGCAGAACAACCACAUGGUGUACGACUACUGCUCCGACCCGCAGAGGGACCACACCCACACGCCCGAGUGCUAACUUGUGCAACACACAAGCUGAGUACUCAAUUGAGCAAGAAAAAACGGUCGUAAAAGUUAAAUGAUGAUAAGUAUGUAAUUGUGAAAUAUUUACGCACGAAAUUGGUGAUUGAAUAUGUGCAUUUGUGGAGUGAAGAAGUUGGAGCUAAGGAGGGUUAUUUGGGAUGUGGUGGGGAUGGUUCAUCCUAGCAAGCUAGCUACUUUGGCAAAGAGAGUAGUUGGGCAUCCAAGCCCUAUUGUGUCUCCAACAUUAUAUGGUUUUUUGUUUUGUGUUUUUGAGUGUUUGUUUAGGGGAAUAUUGGACAAUCUAGUUAUACGUCAAUAAAUUUGAUGUGUGUUUUGUACUAUUGUCCUUGUGUUGUCAUUGCUAAUCAUGCAAUAAUAAUGGUGAACACGUCCACAAAUUUGAAGGGCGUUUGUGUGAAGUACAUGUGGAUGCUCUGACAAAAAGAUAUGGGAAAAGGAAGGGUGGUGGGGGUAGGAAAUGGAGAUGUUUGGAUUGAGAUUGGAGCAUUGGCCCAUGAAAUUGAUGAAUUUAAAGAUAGAAAGAGAUUGGUUGCCAUUCAAUGUGGUUUUGGGGGGGAUUUCAUUUUCCCUUUUGUCACCCGUCCCAUAUGACAUAUGCUAAUAAUUCACCACACAAUAGACUUUGAUUGGUGAAUUGUAAAGUGCAUGUUUCAUUACCACUUAAUGCAUGGUUGAUAGGCCAAAAAAAAAAAAAGUUAAAGUGGGAUGGUGAAUGAUAAAAUGAAACAGACUUAUGAAGAGAAUGAGGUUGUAGUUAUACGAUAAAUGGGAAGGGAGAUCAAUUAUUUGAAUUUUGUUGAGAUAUUUCUUUGUUAUGACUGUCGAUAUUCUUUAAAAGAUUUAAAUGGGUUGGAGAUCACCAUCUAUAAUAAACUUCUAGUUGGUCUCAAACGAGUUGACCUGAUAAAACUAGCUAGAAUUGUGACCAAUGCUAAACACCGGUUGUGGGAGAUGGACCGUGCAUCUCAUCCAAUGUACAGUGAAAAGAAAAGUUCAAUCUUUAAGAAGUCUCUCGUGUGUUGAUGACCAACAACAAGAGCCACUAAGUAACGACUAUGUCAUAUCUAAUAACUUUGACUUCAAUUAUAAAGCUCAAAAGGGGUGAUGAACAAAUACACAUUUGUACCAACACGUAUAUACAAGAAGAAGUGAAAGAACACGGGAAAGGAAAACAUACAUACGCCAAUUUGGCAUGAUUUCCUUGAUGAUCUGGGCUCAUCCACGUGAGAGUCAAUACUGCUUAUUAGAUUGUGCAAAUGUACACUACUGAAAGGGUCGACCUUGUGAUUGUGAACAUUCUCAUCGUUUCUUUGCCAUAAUAGAACUUGGCCAUACCUAGCAAAGCAACUCCAUGUGUAUCUUUGAUUUACUUGUUAUUAGAUUGUCUUCACCUGGCCAGGUAUGGUCCCUAAUACUUUUGUCUGCCUCGCCUGAGAAAUCUUUGAUCACAUGGGAAUGUGAAUAAUGAUGGAUCUCCCCUUUGGACCACUUUGAGUACUUUCCCUGUCUUUCUUUUUUGUCACAUUAGAGUCAUAGACAAAAGCAAUUUUGUUGUAAGCAGACAUAUAUGCUACUGCUGGACCACAAACCGCUUUGUGUAUUUUUCAGCCUUCAACAGGCCCACAAAGGUGGAUCAUACAUACUCAUACCCAUACAAGCAAUGGAACCCAGAGCUAAGCUCGGCCCAAUUAUUUGGAGCCCGGCCCAUUGAUUUGGGGGGAAAAGGCUGAGCGAAUUCAUUCGAAAGAGAGUAAAUUAAGACACCUACUUAUGCCCACUGGCCCAUGUGAGUGUUUAUACAAAUGUAUGACACUAAGGCCUAUUGGUCAUAGUUUUUUUCGCUCUUGUCGCUGGUGCUCGUUUGUGCUUGCAUGAACCAUCGCAAGUUCGCAACCAAAAAAUCAGAAUGAAAAAUAUUUGGAAGA